AUGGCGCUGGCGGAAGAAAAAGCUGAGAGCCAGGUCGGGAUUCCGCAGCCAGUAUACGACAUUCCAGAUGGCGGGCUACAAGCCUGGGGGGCUAUACUUGGCGGUUGGCUCAUUUCAUUCUGCACCUUUGGCUAUGCGAGUUCGUUCGGUAUCUACCAGGACUACUAUGUGCUUGCGGGAGCCUCAACAUCGUCCAAUAUCAGCUGGAUUGGUUCUUUGCAACUCUUCUUCCUGUUCUUCCUAGGCUUGCCUGCCGGCAGACUCUUCGACGCAGGCUACUUCCGCGCGCUGACCCUCGGCGGUAGCGUUCUCUACCUGUUCUGUCUAUUUAUGCUCUCCCUCGCGGAUCCCACAAAGUACUACCAGAUCAUCUUGGCGCAAGGGAUUGGGAUGGGUAUUGGUGGCGGGCUCAUGCUUGUACCUGCCCUUUCCUUGCAAGGACACUACUGGAAGAGGCGGCGAGGAAUGGCGUUGGGCCUCGUUCUGACAGGCUCGGGCUGUGGCGGCAUCAUCUAUCCGAUUAUGCUAAACCAUCUAUUCAAUGGCUCGACCGGCUUUCACUGGGGUGUGCGAGCAUCCGCAUUCCUGACACUGGGGCUCCUCGUGCUCGCUCAGUUCGUCAUGCGCACUCGGCUACCCAGCGCAAAGGACCGUCCUCCACA